CAGUCAAAGAAGCUCUUUUCAAUCACCAAAUCUCACUGUGGAUGCAUACACAGCUCCAAAACAACACCAACAAUUUCUUUUUUAACCUUCUUCCACCCAUUUAUCUCUCUCUGCACUUUUUAUCUCUGCAUUUUCUCACAUCCCACAAGUCAAUGGCACCAUUCCAACAGUGUUAGACCAAAACCCCACCAUAAAAAUCAAACCUUUCCCCCACCCCACAACCCCCUUUCCCCUCCAUGGAUCGCAGCUACACGUUUUCCUCUUCGUUCCUUCUGCUAACUCUGUUGGGGUUUCACGUGUUCCUCGCUUCGUCGCAGGUCGAGGACGAUGUCAAAUGCCUCCGUGGCAUCAAAGAAGCUGUUUUGGAUCCGCAGGGCCACCUCUCCCCGUGGCGUUUCGACAACACCACCGUUGGUUUCAUCUGCGACUUCGUGGGUGUGACUUGCUGGAACCAAAGGGAGAACCGGGUCUUGAGUUUGGACUUCCAAGAUUUCAAACUUUCGGGUCGGAUUCCCGAGGCUUUGCAGUACUGUGGGAAGAGCCUUCAAAGGUUGAAUCUUGCUUCAAAUUCUUUCUCCUCCGAGAUCCCGCACGAGAUCUGUAAGUGGAUGCCGUUUUUGGUUGCUCUAGAUUUGUCUGGUAAUCAGCUCUCUGGGCCUAUUCCUCCCACACUUGUGAAUUGUUCAUAUUUGAAUGAGUUGAUGUUGUCGGAUAACCAGCUCUCUGGGUCAAUCCCCUUUGAGCUGGGGAGUUUGAGUAGGCUCAAGAAGUUUUCUGUGGCCAAUAAUAGACUAAGUGGGACAAUUCCUGAGUUUUUCCAUGGGUUUGAAAGGGAGGGUUUUGAGGGGAACAGUGGGUUAUGUGGGGGUCCUCUCGGAUCCAAGUGUGGUGGGAUGAGUAAGAAGAACCUUGCUAUUAUCAUUGCUGCUGGGGUGUUUGGUGCUGCUGCUUCAUUGUUGCUGGCUUUUGGCCUGUGGUGGUGGUACCAUUUGGGUGGGAAGAAGAAGAAGAAGGGAUAUGGGGUUGGUUCUAGCGUGGGUGCUGCUGGUGAUUGGGCUUUGAGGCUAAGAGGGUAUAAGCUUGUGCAAGUUAGUCUCUUUCAGAAGCCUAUUGUAAAGGUGAAGUUGGGGGAUUUGAUGGCUGCUACCAAUAAUUUCAGUGGGCAGAAUGUUCUUUUUGCGACAAGAACAGGGACAACGUACAAGGCUGAUCUCCCAGAUGGUUCCACGCUAGCAGUAAAGCGCUUGAGUGCAUGUAGGAUUGGGGAGAAGCAGUUUGGGAUGGAGAUGAACCGGUUGGGGCAGGUUAGGCACCCAAAUUUGGCUCCUCUGUUGGGGUACUGUGUGGUGGAGGAGGAGAAGUUGUUGGUUUACAAGCACAUGUCUAAUGGAACUUUGUAUUCCUUGUUGCACAAGAAUGGUGGGGUGCUGGAUUGGUUGAUGAGGUUCAGGAUUGGGUUAGGAGCUGCAAGGGGGCUUGCAUGGCUGCACCAUGGCUGCCACCCUCCCAUUAUACAGCAGAACAUUUGCUCCAAUGUGAUUCUUGUUGACGAGGAGUUUGAUGCUCGGUUGAUGGACUUUGGGCUAGCCAGGCUCAUGGCUUCAGACUCAAAUGGUAGUUUUGUGAAUGGAGAUUUGGGGGAGAUUGGUUACAUAGCUCCGGAGUAUCCAAGUACUUUGGUUGCUUCAUUGAAAGGGGAUGUGUAUGGUUUUGGUGUUUUGCUUUUGGAGUUGGUGACAGGGCAAAAGCCACUUGAUGUUAGCAAUGGGGAUGAAGAGUUCAAGGGUAGCUUGGUGGAUUGGGUGAACAUGCAUUCUAGUUUGGGAAGGAUCAAGGAUUGCAUUGAUAAAGCCAUAUGUGGAAGAGGGCAUGAUGAGGAGAUUCUUCAGUUUCUGAAAAUUGCUUUGAAUUGUGUGGUUUCACGCCCCAAAGAUAGGUGGUCUAUGUACCAGGUUUAUCAUUCUUUAAAGGGUUUAUCUAAAGAUCAGAGUUUCUUUGAACAUGAUGACGAUUUUCCCUUAAUCUUUGGUAAGCCAGAAAACGAGGCAGGGCAGUAGUUGUUGAUGAUGAUUCUUAUAAUUGAACUGCUAUAUGAAUCAGAGUGGAGAGUUCUCAGGUGGUGCUAAUGUUUAUGGUUUGUUUGAGCAUUUCCUCCAUUGGUGACUCUAAUCAAUCCGGUAUAGUUGUAUUGUAUGAUAUAAUAAACGUUCUGGUAGGUUAGAUUUUAUGAGAUCUAUUUCUUUCACUGUUUGUUGUAUUCAAAUGCAAUCUCUCUGAUGAUGUCCAAGAUGUUUGGAAUAUAUACCUCGGAUUUGAAUCCUCAAAGUAUAAUAUAUACAUCUCAUGUCCUCAAGACCAAAAACAUCGGACAUCUUCUUGUGCUCUGUAAAGACAUCUCAUGAUGUUAUGUUCAUUUACAUCUAAUUGAUUGGAAAGUUUGAAGCA